UUAUUGUACAGUCACGCAUGCGCCAUAAUUUAGCAUCGUUUUUCGUGAAAUCGUUCGAAAGAAUCUGUUCUUCAUAUUUUUGGGCUGUCAUACGUAAACGUAAUCAUAUAGGAAUGAAUUGUAAUUGAUCGUAGUCGUUUUUCCGAAUAGCACGAAACGUGACGAAUAAAAAAGAUGGUGUUAAAUGAUUGUCCGGAAUCGGAAACAAUUGGUUGUGGAUUUAGUGCUUUUAAAGAAAUCGACGAGGUGACUUUUUUAAUUACUGAACUAAAAAAGGUGGAUCUUUCUCCGAGCCUUAUUGAAAAGAAUCGAGACCGAUUUAAUUUUAUCUUAUCACAAUAUCAGGAUCAAAGGCAAUUGCUAGAUCCUUAUUUGGAUGAUAUUCUACAGCCACUGAUUAGUAUUAUCAGAGAUGAAAAUUCUACGGAAAUUAUGCGGCAUAAUGCUUUUAAAUAUAUUUUCAUUGUUAUGUCCGUCAAAACAUACAAGAAGAUUGUUACAUACCUUCCACAUGAGGUAGCAGAUCUUUUCCCUGUUUUACGAAUGUUAGAAAAACAAGAUCCAAAUGAUGUGGAGACAUGGGAAACUCGUUAUGUACUUUUAAUUUGGCUUUCUAUAAUUUCAAAGAUACCAUUUCCACUCUCACGUUUAGAAGUUUCUGAUACUAAUUCCGAGCAAACAAUAAUAGUUAGAAUAUUGAAAAUAUGCAAAUUAUUUUGCGUAUCAAAGGACGCUUGUGCAGUAGCUGCAGUUUUUCUAAUUGCCAAUUUUUUAUCAAGAUCAGAUGUAAAAAAGUUAUAUUUGAAAGAAAUGAUAACAUGGAGUUUACAAUGUGUAGAAACUGAUCCUUUGAGACAUGGUCCAUUAGCAGUUAUAGCAGCUAUAUUAAAACACAGUGCAAGAGAAGAUGUUAAACCAUAUAUUCAAAUUAUUUUGGAUAAAGUUUUAGAAUUUCAUCUGAAUGAUAAUCCUGCAGAUCUUAUUCGGAAGUUUGGAAUUAAAAUUGUACAAAGAAUUGGAUUGGUGUUACUAGGAACAAAAUUGGCUCCAUGGAGAUAUCAAAGAACUAGUAGACCUAUAUGUCUAGAUCCUAAUAUUAAUACCAACUCUAACAUCAUGGAAAGUAUGGAGGACAAUAAAAAUGUUUCAUUGAAUCAUGAUGACCGGGACAUUCCAUCAGCAAUAGAAGAUAUAAUUGAACAACUUAUACAAGGUCUUAGAGAUAAAGCAAUUACAAUACGGUGGUCUGCUGCAAAAGGAAUUGGUAGAAUAACAGCAAGAUUGCCAAUGGAUUUAGCAGAUGAGGUUGUAGGAUUUGUGCUAAAUCUUCUUUGUGGUCGUGAAUCGGAUGCUGCUUGGCAUGGUGGUUGUCUGGCAUUAGCAGAAUUAGGAAGACGUGGUCUUCUUCUUCCUCAUCGUCUAAACGAUGUGAUACCAGUUGUUCUUCAAGCUUUAGUAUUUGAUGAACCAAGAGCUUAUGGUUCAAUUGGUUAUUUAAUCAGAGAUGCCGCAUGUUAUAUCUGUUGGUCAUUCCCAAGGGCAUACGAUUCUGAUAUAAUUCAACCAUAUGUAAAAGAAAUUGCAGCUAUGUUAGUAGUUGUUACUUGUUUUGAUCGAGAAAUUAAUUGUAGAAGAGCUGCUUCUGCAGCAUUCCAAGAAAAUGUAGGAAGACAAGGAAAUUUUCCACAUGGAAUAGAGAUACUUACAAUUGCUGAUUAUUUUGAAGUUGGAGUUAGAAAUCAUGCAUACUUAAAAAUUAGUGCACAAAUUGCACAAUAUGAAGAGUAUACAAAAUCUUUGAUUGAUCAUUUGGUUGUAAGAAAAGUUACACAUUGGGAUACAGCAAUUAGAGAACUUGCGGCCAAAGCCCUCUUCAAUCUAACAUCUAUUGAUCCUAAUUAUAUUAAGCAUACAGUUUUAUUAAAUUUAUUAGAUAUGCUAAAUUCUAUUGAUUUAAAUAUUAGACAUGGUGCAGUAUUAGCUAUUGCAGAAAUCUUGGAAGCAUUGUAUAAUUGCUGUAAUGAAAAAAUUGAAGAUAUAAUUGGACCAUCAGCUGUGGAAAAUGUCAGAAACAUAGUUAACAUAUUUAGGAAAAGAGGACAAUUCAAAGGUCUAGGAGGAGAAUUAAUGAAACAAGCAUGUGCUGUGCUCAUAAAAAAGUGCUCUAUUGUUCAUUUUCCAAUUUCCGUUGAAAUUAUUUGUGACUGGCAAAAUCUUUUAGAGGAAUGUUUGGGUCAUGAAGUAUCUGUAGUAAAGAUGAAAGCUGCUGAAGCACAUACAGAAUUUUUCCGAAAAUACUAUGCAAACAUGGAUAAUCAAGAUCGCAAUAUUGUUAUUAAUCGUUACCUUGAUAAUUUACAAUCAAGUAAUCAACUUGUUCGAAUAGGCUUUGCACAAGCUAUAGGCUAUUUCCCUUUAUUUAUAAUUUGUGAAAGAGUAAAAGAUAUAAUAGAAGCUCUCAUUAAAUGUACUGAAAUAUCAGAAAGUUCUUUAAAAUGGGCAGAAAGUAGGAAAGAAGCUAUUCAUGCAUUAAUAAUGGUUUGUCAAACUCUGGGAGUAAAAGAAGCAGAUAAGUGGAGUAUAUAUAUUCACAACUUAUAUGAUUGUUAUUUAUUGGCAUUGAAAGAAUAUACUAUAGAUAGUCGUGGAGAUAUAGGAGCUUGGGUACGAGAAGCAGCAAUGACUGGUUUGCAUAUGUUAACAAACUUAGUAUCACAAGCAAAAUUAUUUUCUGUAUUAAAUGAAAACUUAAUGGCAAAUAUAAUUGGAGGAAUUGCACAACAAGCUGUUGAAAGAAUUGAUGGAAUUCGAGCGCAAGCCGGAAUUGUUUUCAGUGCUCUUAUUCAUAAUGAUCCUCUUUUACCAAACAUUCCAUAUCAUGCAGAAUUAAAAACUAUUUUUCCUUAUGAUGAAUGUAAAGAAAAUAUAGAAUGGCGAAUGGAAUCUGCUACUUUUCCACGAUUUAUUAAAAUGUUAUCUUAUCCUCCUUAUACAAUGAAUCUUCUACGUGGAAUUAUAUUUAGUGUUGGCGGUUUAAGUGAAUCUUUGGUUAAAUAUUCUAGUGUUUCCCUAUUUUCUUAUUUACAAGAAUUAGAUGAAUUGGGUCUCAAAAGUUUAUGCUAUAAAAUUUUAAAUAUUUUUGAGGAAAGCCAUAAAAAUGAAAGAAUGAUUACAUCAAUGCUAGCUUUCUUAGAUCGCUUACUUAGUUCCGGUUGUAUCCAAGUCGUUCUUGAUGAUUUUGAAAAUGAAAUUGCAGAACAAAUUCUAAUACUGCUUAAACAAGAAAUAAAAAAUACGAACAAUACUAAGUUGUUAAUUAGCAGUAUAAAUGUAUUUUGCCAGCUCUUACAGAUACACGGGCCAGUUGCAAAAAGAGCAUUUUGUCAGUUAAGUAUUUUUCUUUGUCAUAAAUAUAAAUGCAUACGAAAAGUAGCUGCAUUAAGAACAUAUGAAGCUUUAACUCUUUAUGGGGAAGAAAUGGAUCUUCCAGAACAAGAUUUAAUGAAAAUUUUGACUGAAUUAAAUGUCACUGACUGGGAACAAUCAGUAUCUGAACUUCGACCCAUAAGAAAUAAUCUUUGUGAUUUAAUGAAAGUACCUGCUCCUAUUUUGCAAAAUAAGGUCAUGAACUGAGCUUGUUUUUAAAUUUUGUCACGUCUCAGUUAAAUUGGUAUAGAUCCAACAAUCAGGGGCCUCCACAAUUUUUCAGUGAUAUAGUCAUCGCAGACUGCAUUUUCAAAAGCUAUUGUAAACUUGUAAUUGGCAAUAAAAGAAAGAAAAUCUUCACUGUUCAAUAUUUCAAGGUAGAUCUGCAAGAGUUAGAGGUACAUCACUAAAUCUGCUAAAUGUUGAAGAGUAUGUAAAAAGAUUCAGAGUUUCCUGUUGAACUAAUAUUGGAUUAUUUCUUGGGGAUUCUUCAUGAAGCAAACCCCACGGAAUAUCGUCGGAUUUCCAUUUUGGUAAAUCAUUAAUUCGAAAAUUACUACCAUAGAAAAGAAAACUCUGAAAAUUAAGAGCGAUAUAUAUUUCAAAUAAUAAUGUUGAAAACAAGUAUGAGCAAUUUGCACAUUUAUAACAUUAAAUUUAAUAAAUUAUAAAUCGUUGAUUUUAUAAUAAUAAAUUAGUUAAUUUCUAUUCAGUAGCAAUAAUAGUUUACAACUAUUUGAAAAAUACAAAAUAUUAAUCAAAUUUGUAAUAAUAGGACUAUCUUAAUUUUAGAAAAUAACUGAAAUUUCUUAAAUUUUCAAUAUAUCCGAAAAUUUAUCUUUAAUACAAGUCAUAAAAAUGUAUAUACAUAUAUGUAUUAUAUACAUUACUUUUAUCUGUUUAUGAUAUUGAAAGGAUCGGUUACUUAUAAAAUAACACUGAUAAUUUCCACAGUCCCGUAAUUUUUCAUCAUUUCCAAAAGGUGUCCACCAUAGAAUUAUGGGUACAUCUAAAAAAGUAUGAUAAAAAUACAUGUACUAAUAUUUUCUUAAUUCUUAUACUUUUAGUUUAUAUCUUAUACUUUUUUAGAGAUAUUAAAAACUUGAUGCAUUUUAUAUACCUGGAUGAUGUAAUCUGUUACCAUUCUGAAUUAAGUAAACCUGUUAAUAAUAUUGAUCUUAAAACUCAUCAACCUCAUUAGUAUCUUACUUUAUCAAUAAUUUAAAUCAUAGUAUUUAGUAUUAAAAUAAUUUAAUGCGUAAUUAUUGUUAUUGCAGAGCAGAAAAAGAUUGGUUAUUAAUUUAUUAUUAUCAAUUAUUUUGCAUAAAACAUUUCAUUAUUAAUGUUUCUUACAUAAUUAUAUAAUUUUAUUUUAUAACAUUUAACCAUUUGAGGGAUGCUGGCAUAUUUUUUCACACAUGUUAAUAUAUUUUCUAAUAUUAUCUACUUCAUUUAAUAAUUAUAAGCAUUAUAUUUUAAAGAAAUGUAAUUAAAAAAUAAAAACUAAUCAUCUUUCACUGCCUGUAAUAAAUUCAUCCUUGAAGAGGUUUAAAAAUUAAAUUAAAUAUUAAUAAUAUUUAUUAAUUUUUCUUUUAUUUUUGUAUAACAGAAUUGACAAUUUGUUAUUAUAACAUGGUAAAUUAAUUGAUAUUAAAGCUAAAUAUUUUAUUAUUUAUAUUAAUAAAUAUCAACCUAUUCAAAUAACGAUGAUAUACUAUCUUAAACUAUUUUUGCAAAUAAAAUUAGUCUAGCGUAAUGUAUACUCAUAUGCAUAUAUAGAAAAUACUGUGAUAUUUUAUGCUAUAACGUACAUUAUAUACACGUGUAUACAUUAUGUAUAUGUAUGUGUUGUUAAUAAUAAAUAUUGACAUAAUAUAAUA